AUGUGGCACUCCAAAGGCUCAAUUUCAGCAGAUGGCGAGAUACUUCGAGUGCUGGUUAAUAGUUCAGCUCAGAUAAAAUGUGAUGUCGGUUCGAGCUUACCGGACGACAAAGUUUUACUUGUUGUUUGGUAUAAAAAUAAUCUCCCAAUUUAUAGUUUCGACACCCGAGGCGCUCAUGCAGGCACACCUUCGCAUUGGCGUGAUGAGGAUGUUCUGGAAGAUCGCGCCAUUUUUCGCACACAUAAAGAGCCCGCAGAAUUGAUAGUAAAUCCCGUACAGGAAAAGGAUGCAGGGAACUUUCGUUGUAGAGUGGAUUUCAAACUUUCGCAAACU